CAGUAUUCGAUGCAUUAUCGAUUUUAAGCUGCAGACAAGCGCUGCUGUCAACGGCUGCCAAAUGAAUGCAGAACUGGACCCACGCUGAAGGACACUUGUGUUGCAGAAAUGUCACAGGCACUUGCUGUGGUGCCGGUCGGCGCCCAGGAGCACCCAGCAGCGACCAGUGCAGAUGGCGCAGCUCUGGAGCGUCACCAGCCGAAGGCGAUCAAGAGCCGCGUACUGGACCAUGUCGGCCCGUACCUUCGGUUAAUGCAAGCGCGGCUGGCGUCGCCGCACGUGAGUCAUGCAACGGCACUGCAGCCUGUGUUCGCCAGCAGUCUGGAGCUUCUGCCCCCCUGCGCCUACCCGGAGCUUCCUGCCAGCAGUGUCGGAACCAAGUUCGUAACCACGUCCUUCUUCAGGCACCGCGCCGCCAUCAACCACCUGCUGUACACGCCCGACGGGCGGCGGCUGCUGUGCGGCGGCAACAACGGCAACGUCAGUCUGUGGAAUGGCACCAACUUUGAAAACGAGCUGGGGCCAGGAAUCCAGGCGCACGAGGCGUCCCCCAUUCGCUGCAUGGAGUUCUCCCACAGCGGCCUGUUCCUGCUGUCCUGCGACGACGCCGGACGCGUCAAGUUCAGCCGGCCCACGCUGGAGGUGCUGCAGGUGUACCAGGCGCACAAGGAGCCGUGCAGGGCCGUGACCUUCUCACCCACCGACUACAAGUUUGCCACAGGUUCUGACGACUCCACGGUGCGGGUGUUCGACACCUUCCGGGGCCAGGAGUGCGCCAUGACGGGCCACGGCGGAGACGUGAGGUGGGUGGACUGGCACCCCACCAAGGGGGUCAUCGCCAGCUGCAGCAAGGACGCCUGCGUCAAGCUGUGGGACCCUCGCGCCGCCGCCGCCGGCUGUCUGUCAACUCUGCACGGCCACAAGAACGGCGUGUUCCAGGUCAAGUGGAACCGCAACGGCCACUGGCUGCUGAGCUGCAGCCGCGACCAGCUGGUGAAGCUGUACGACGUGCGCAUGCUCAAGGAGGUGGCCAGCUUCGCGGGGCACGGCCGAGACGUGGCGUGUGUGGCCUGGCACCCGCAGCACGAGGAGCUGUUUGUGUCGGGAGCAGGUGACGGCAGCCUCAUGAUGUGGCUGGCCAGCCGCCCGGACGCGCAGGGCUGCCUGCCCGCGGCGCACGAGGCGGCGGUGUGGUCGGCGGCCUGGCACCCGCUGGGUCACGUGCUGGCCUCAGCUGGCGGUGACAACAAGUGCCAGUUCUGGUGUCGCAAGCGUCCGGGCGACAUCUUUGCAGACGUCUUCGACGCCGGCUCGGCGGCGGCUGCACCAGGCGGCACGCCGGCGGCGGUGGCAGCAGCGGCGGCGGCAGGGGCGGCAGGAGGCCUGGGCGACGGCGGCGGGGUGGCAGGCGGCGGCGGUGGUGGCAUGUUCGGCCUGGGCGCGGGUGCGGGCCUGCUGGGGCCUGGCGCGGGAGGUGCCGCGGGCGCCGCGCCUGGCCUGUUCGGCGGCCCGCUGCAGGGCGGACCUGCGGGCACACCCGCGUAUGGGGUGGGGGCGGCGGGUGGGACUGGCGCGGCGGCGGCGCGGCCCAACGUCAUCCCUGGCAUUGGGGCGGCCCUGGAGGGACUGACCACGGCCAACCUACAGGGCCUGAUGGCGGCCAUCCAUGUGGGCGGUGGUGGCGGCGGGGCGGCAGCUGCAACCGGGGGGAGCACCACCACUGCAGGCCGCGGUAAACGUGGCCGCGAGGACUUGCCGCCGCCGCGACCGGCCCCGAACCGUUACUUCGGAGGAGGCGGAGGAGGCGCCGAGAGCGAGAGGGACAGGGAGAGGGAGCACAGCCGUGGAGACCGGGACAGGGAUUGGGAGCGGGGGGCUGCAAAGCUCGCGCGGAUGGACCCGGGCAUGCUGGCGGACCGGGGUGAGCGUGGUGACAGGGGCGGGCCCCCCAUGCACAUGCAGCAGAUGAUGGGGCGGCCAGGCUUUGCCCCAGAGCCCGGCUUCGGCCGCGGCCCGCCUCAUGCGGGGCUGCCUGGGCCUCCCCACCACCUAGCUCCCGGCGGCUGGCGACAGGGCCCACCGGGGGGCCCAGGCGGGGGGCCGCCGCGGCCGGGCUUCAACGAGCCGGGACUCGGGCCCGGGCCAGGGGCUGGGGGGCCACGGGGCGGCAUGCCACCCAUGGAGCCCAGAGGAGGGCCGGGCCCUGGGCCAGGCGGCUUCCCGGGGAGAGGUCACCCUCACCCACGCGGUUUUGCGGGUGCACCCCCGCACCGCGGCGGUCAAAGCGGCCCCGGCUUUGGACCGCCGGGCGGGUUUGGGGGUCCGCCGGGGCCGGGGCCAGAUGGGCCCUAUGGCCCGCCGCCGGGGGGCAUGGGCCCUGGUCCGGGUCGGGGACCACCGCCCCCAGCGCUGCGGGGAGGUGGACCAGGCAGGGGAAGAGGGAGAGGGAGGCCGCCGCCGGGUUUCCGCUAGGUGGUGCGCUAGGUUGAGGUGUAGACUGACUGCACGUCCAGGUUAGGCAAUAGGUGAGAUGGGCGUGGCCCACGUGCUGCGUGCAUGGAGGUAAUGUGGAUGCUCCGGUCGGGAAGCACUUGACAGGACAGUAUACAAGUCCAGAGUUUGAAGUUUGACAAGGGUACAGCAGCCGCGCCUGACUGCGGCGGGGGGUUGCGGAUGUAACAUGAUAUCGCG